UCCGACUGUGUUAACACUGUAUUGUGGGAAAGGCUUUCUGCUCUGGAUAAUUUAUUUAAUUGUUAGGGUUUAAACAUUAGGAUCCGGCCUUUUUUAAACGGAUUUCUGAGUGAGUGUUAUCGUAAUCUCGAUGAUAUUCUGCAAGGAUCUCUGAUUCUAUGUUCUUUGAGAAUGAUUGGAUAGGCUUUACCACGUGAUCAUUAUCCUUCGACUCGACUGGAGUUUCUACGACAGCUGAGAUCGGCUUUGGACAUUUCCCCGUAAAAUUAAUACAUAGUUAAAACAAAUAUAGGUUUCAGACGAUGGGCGACAAGAAGAGCCCCACAAGGCCGAAGCGGCAACCCAAGCCCUCUUCCGACGAUGGAUACUGGGAUUGUAGUGUAUGUACUUUCAGGAACACCGCGGAAGCAUUCAAGUGCAUGAUGUGUGAUGUCAGAAAGGGAACGUCAACAAGGAAGCCUCGCCCUGUCUCCCAGCUGGUGGCCCAGCAAGUAACUCCGCAGUUUGCUUCACCCACACAACCUAAAAAGGAGAAGAAGGAGAGAUCUGAUAAAGAAAAGAGCGAAAAAGAACCAACCUUGAAAAAGAACAGCCACAAAAAGCUGAGGCCAAGGUUAAAAAACGUGGACAGAAGCAGCGCCCAGCACCUGGAGGUUACGGUGGGUGACUUGACCGUGAUAAUCACAGACUUUAAGGAGAAAACAAAGCCCUCCUCCACUCCCUCCAGCACCGCCUCUGCGGACCAGCACAGCCAGAGCGGUAACACCAGUUCUGACAACACUGAAAGGGGAGUGUCCAGGUCGUCUUCGCCUCGCGGGGAGGGCUCCUCGUUAAACGGAGAGACUCACUAACCUUCCUGCCUUUCCCGCGGUAUCCUAGACCAUUUCCUCCCCUCUCCACCUAACAUAGCCCCCUGGAACCAGACGUGUGUCUCUGAGUAUUGCAUACAAUAUGGCAUGCACUAUUUCACCCAACGCUACACCCAUGUGUCCUUCACCCCUCACCACAACAUCUCAACAUGAACAGGUUGUAAAAUUAAUACCACCAUCAGUUCAGUUUGGAUACAACAUUGCAUUCCUCCUGAUGAGCAGGUGUUUACAAUUAAUCUGCUGGUGCUGUGUUCGUAAAGAUGUUGCGUUCAGCCAAGAUCCGGGUCUUGCCACCAAACCGAAGAAAUGGACCUGGAACUUGUCCAAUACAUUAAGCUCACGCUCUCUUUUUUUUGUCUUAUUUUUUUUUUUGCACAACGUUUUAAAUUGUUUUAUUGUGGCAUAAUGAAAACAGCUUUUACCUGUGUGGGCUGAUCUGAAGCUAUAGUGGUCCUGACAAUUUGGAUUUAACCCAUAAUGGAACGAACCGCUGAUUUGAUGCUGUAUAUUUACAUAUAACACCUUAGUGCUAAAGUGACAUCCGUUACAGGUUGGUUGAUCUCACCAGUGUGGACUAUUGUAAAUUUGUGUAUUAGCUACAGAGGAAUACGAAUAUGCAUUAUGAGUAGUGGUGGGAAAAUUCAGUACACUUUCUCAAACACAGAUUCUGUCAAGGAGGAAGUAGGAAAUCUUAGAUUUCUCAACCUUGGAUUUUUUUAAGUAGUCGAGAAUUUGGGGAAAGUGAACAGAAUUAUCCAACCCUAGUUAUGAGAGAAUAAAUGUGAAGCAAGUGGUCUAUGUCUUGAUUGUAGAUUGACAAAAAAUGAUUUUGUUAGCACCAGAUUGUUUGCACAAACUGAAAUAUGGUGUGUAUUGAUUUAUCAGGAGAUAAUGGACAGUUUUCCCAGACAUAGAUUAAGCCUGAUCCUUGACAGAAAUUAAUUUGACCUGAGAAUAUAUUGAAUGUACAAUACUGUUCAAAAGUUAGGGGUCACUUAGGAUUUUCUUUGUUUUCCAUGAAAACAAACAUAAAAUGAGUUUCAAUAGGAAAUAAAGCUAAAUGAAUUGGAAAUAGUCAUUAACAAUGUUCACAAUAAUUAUUUUAAUUGAAAUAAUAAUUCUUUCAAAUGUUGCUUUUGUCAAAUAAUUCUCCAUUUGCAG